UAUAUACUUAGAUGUUUAUUUCUUUUAUUUACCUACUCAGAAAUACAUGGAGCCCCUUUAGUUAUUUCCGGUAGUCAAAUAUGAGCAUUCAGGGCUUUAUACUGACUGCUUAGAAAGUCUGGAACAAAAGGAGGUAUACGUUGCUAAAAUUAAAGAAGUUUUUCAGACUAAAAAUACUUCAAUAAAAGAAAAAAAUAAUAAAAUGGAAGCAAUAGGAAGCAACAUUGUUUGUUUAAAAGAUUUAGUAAAAAACAAAAGGUUUGAUGUUAGCGAUGCAGGAAGUACGGUUGAUGACAGUGAUAAGGAUCGAGAUUAUCGUCCUAGUUCCACCAGCGAAAGUGACAGCGAGAUUAUUUACCAAAUAGGCAGCUCAAGUACAGAAAAAAAGGCGUCGCCUAAUUAGAAAAAUUAAAAAGGUUCUUGUUUGUUUUUUUAGUUGGUUUAAUAAUUUAAUUUUCCAUUUAGAUGCCUUUAGCCAAUCUAGAGAGUUCAUUUAAUAUUGAAGAACAUAGAAAGAAAAAACCGACCUGUUCAAAGCUAAAGCAAAAGAUGAGUUUUAAAAGGAAGUUUUCAAUCAGCGAUGAACAGCCUGGCUGUAGUAAAAUUGCCGUUGUACCCAAAAUCUCCAAUAAUGAUGAGAAAUUAUUAGAUUUUGAGAAAGCUGUGGCCUUUGGUGGUAAAAACCUCGAGAUCAUUGAAGAGUCCAGAAUUCAAUUGAAAAAUAAUGGCAAAAUGCUUACUCUUGAACAAAAAGUGAGAAGAAAUAAAAAGAAUCAUUCCUUAAGACCAAUAUGUAGAAACGUAUGCAGAAGGAAAUGUGGAGAAUUAGAUGAAGAAACGAAAAGAAUAUCACUAUUGGUCGAUGGAUUAUACAAGUCGCCGAAAGUGGCUUAGUAAGCAUGUCACUUUAGUUCCUAUUAAGCGCAAGUAUUCACAAGCACUACACAAUCGAGCAGAGUCUAGACUUUUUUCUUUACCAAAGUUACCUGAUACCACAGAAAUUUCAGUAUGUAAGUUAACAUUUUUAAAUACUUUCGGAUAUAAAGCAGACGCUGUCAUUACUCAAUUGGUGUUAGCAAUGAAAGCCGAACUUCGUGAAAGUGCUGUAAAAGAACGCAGAGGUUUAAAUCCUAAACGAAAGGUCGAUCGGAAUAUUAUAAAAGAACAUAUUGAAUCCUUGCAUAAGCCACUAUAGAAGAAAAAAUGCUCCCAACACCAGAUAUCUACCUAGAUAAUUAACUAUAGAGUUUUUAUUUAACGAUUUUAUUUCACAACAUCCCGGAUUUUGCAAAAUAAAAAUUUACCGAAAAAUGUUAAAACAGAUGCACAUUUAAUUUUGUCAACCCAAAUCUGAUAUCUGCGAAGAUUGUACUUCUUUAAACAAUAACAAUAAUUUAGAGGCCAAGGAAAAAAUUACCAUUCUUAAGUUAAAAGCUUCUCAGGCAAACGAAAAAUAUAAAGAAGACUCUGACGAGGCUGCACAUUUUUCCAAAAAUUGUUCUAAACGCAUUUUUUCUAUGCAUCUUCAAAAAGUGUUAUUAAUUCCAAUUAUGCCCCAAAGUAAAACUUGUUUGUUUACAAGCAAACUGGUUGUUUUUAACCAGACAUUUGCUACAAUGAAUAAAAAUGACAAGAACGAUAGUUGUUGUGUAGUCUGGCAUGAAGCUUUAUGCGGUAGGAAAGCAGAGUCAUUGGUUGAUGGAAUGUUUGAGGUUAUUAAAAUGGAGCGCGAUGUAAGCGAGUUUAUAUUUUAGUGCGAGAACUGUGCGGCACAAAAUAAAAAUUGGGUGUUAUUCACCGCCCUGGUGAGCAAAGUAAAUGAAUCGUUUGGUCCACAAAAAGUAACGAUUCGUUACUUAACAAAAGGUCAUACACAUAUGAGUGCUGAUGGGAUACACGGCAAUAUUAAACAAAAAAUUAAAAGAAAAUAAACUGCUUACGAUUUUCAAGAGCUUCUUGAUUUAAUUGCCAGUUCCAGAAAAAAAAUAAAAAUAUUACAACUCACUGAGUUUCAUGCAUGGAAAAAUAAAAAACGAACUGCAAGAAAAACAGACAAUUGCUUGAGAGGUUUUUUAUUAGCCGAUUUGGUAGAAGUUCGCUUUUUAAAAGGUAAAACAUGCCUCUAUUAUAAAACAAAUUUUAGCGAAGAAUAUCAAGAACUUAAUUUCUUGCAAAAGAAAUACAAUUUAUCUACCGUGCCUAAGAUGUUACCAAAACGUGGAAUUAAUGCGGAUAAAAAGGAAAAAAUUAUAAGUGAUUUACUUUCUCUAAUGCCAUAAAAUCGAAGACUUUUUUGGCAUACGU